AAACCCAUUCAACAGUGUGCAGAAGAAGAAGAGGCUGAGAGGGCUGACAGCGCAGCGGAGAGCAACAACACAUCGAUGUGUUUGUCGUUAUUACGCAUUUAUCCCCACUUCUCUCAAACAUUUGACCAAAUUCCCAGCCAUGGAGUUGUCUGAAAUACUGUACAACAAAGCGGAGUACAUUGAGACGGCUUCUGGCAACAAAGUGAGCAGACAGUCGGUGCUGUGCGGGAGUCAAAACAUCGUCCUCAAUGGCAAAACUAUUGUCAUGAAUGACUGCAUUAUCAGAGGGGACCUGGCUAAUGUCAGGGUGGGCAGACACUGUGUGGUGAAGAGCCGGAGUGUCAUCCGUCCACCUUUUAAAAAGUUCAGCAAAGGAGUGGCGUUCUUCCCGCUGCACAUCGGAGACCACGUCUUCAUCGAGGAGGACUGUGUGGUCAAUGCAGCACAGAUUGGUUCCUAUGUCCAUAUUGGCAAGAACUGUGUCAUAGGUCGUCGCUGUGUGCUGAAGGACUGCUGCAAGAUCUUAGACAACACCGUACUCCCUCCUGAGACAGUGGUGCCACCUUUUACCGUCUUCUCCGGAUGCCCAGGUCUAUUUUCAGGAGAGCUCCCAGAGUGCACGCAGGACCUGAUGAUUGAUGUAACCAAGAGCUACUACCAGAAGUUCCUGCCUCUCAGCCAGAUCUGAGUCCUGCCCCGAGACCUUGAGCAGGAUCCACAUCCUUUCCAGCCAGUUCCAGGUCAGGAUCAGGGUCUCUAGUCAGACUGGAAUUGACUCUUGAGAUCUCACCUUCCAUCCUUCUGCCCCCUAAGUUUCUCUGCCCACGGAAAAACAUUUGGUCCUAUUAAGAGCCCUUAUAUGAUUCUAGUCUUAGUAUGAGAAAAGCACACAAUGAAUAAAACGUGACAUAGCUGCAGUAGUUUGAACGUUUGCUGCUCCAAAUUGCAGAGAAAAGUCUUACAUCCAAAAAGUUUUAGGUAUUUUUUGAGUUUUGAUUUUCCAGUGAUGUCCAUGCAGUCUGCUCAGUGUGCUGUGGAGAACCUCAAGGACCUUUUGUGUGGCUCGCUUCGCUCUCUGACAGCAGCAUUAGGUGAAGAUGAGGAGGAGCAAUGAGAGGAAGGAGAUGAAGGGUGGAGGAAUGUGGGAACACACAGCUUGUAAAAUACCACCCAUGGACCAAAACAAUAGCAACAGCAGUUGUGUUUGAGGAUGUUGGCUGUACAUUAUUCAUGUCCACAGAUCACUUGGGCAACAGAGCAGUACACACAGUCUGCUGUUUUAGUCUGUCGUAUUUUUGAUUUUGAAGAACGUGUGUUUGUUUAAUUCCUUCUUCACCGGCUUAUGUCAUUAUGUCAUUUGUCAUAAAACUUAAUUUAAUACUAUUAUUUUUAUUUUGUGUUUCAAAUGAUCAACUGCAACCCUAAAGGUCCAGUGUGUAACAUUUAGGAGGCUCUAUUGGCAGAAAUAUAAUAUUCAUGUUUGUAUUAGUGUAUAAUCACCUGAAAAUAAGAAUUGUUGUUUUCGUUACCUUUGAAUAAGCUGUUAUAUUUAACGUAGGCAGGUCCUCUUCUACGGAGUAUGAGGUGAUUCUACAGUAGCCCAGAACAGACACACCAAACACUGGCUCUAGAUAGGGCCUUUCAUAAGUUUCCUAGCCUCUUUCUUUCUUGGUUCUUGCUGCUAGAUGCCACUAAAUCCUACACACUGGUCCUUUAAUUUCAACAUGUCGAUGUGUGCAGGACAGCCCUCUGUGCUCUGAUGCCUUUGUUAUUUUCUGUGAGCACACAAAAAACCAGGGCCAACACUUAAAACACUGCAGCAAAUAAAUAAAUAUAAACGCGGA